AUGGUAAAUCAAGCCAAAUCAUAUGAACGGCAGGCAAUUAUGAGGAAUGCUAUAACAAAGCUUCGAUCCAUAAUAAUUGAUGAUAGAAGUGCCAGCUGGGUGGAGGAUAAACUUGACAAGGGUAUUCAUUUUGUGAAAUGGGAUGUUGAUCAACUAGAGAAGAAAAUAGGGUUCUCUUGGGAUGCUAAUGUAGCAGUAUCCUCUGCGAAGGACAUAGGACUUGAAUGGAAAUGGAUUGACCAGUUUGAGGGGCAUCCAUCCAUUAAGCUGAAGGAUUCUCUAUUCUGCUUAUUGAACCAAAAUUUCGAUAGGCCGGCAAACAACAAGCAAAAUAAUACUUCUGCAAGAAAUUUGAGAAGAUUUUGGUGUAUAGAGAAAGAAAACAACUUUGUAAAGAGCAUUGCAACGAUGGCCGAUCUUGUAAUUGGUGCUACUGUUAAAGUUGUGCUUGAUAAGCUGCUUUCUCUCACAAUUGAGGAGGCCAAAACUUUAAGGAACUGCAAGAAAAAUCUAAGAACUCUGACAAAAUAUGUAUCCAUGAUCCAAGCUCUCAUUCAUGAUGCUGAAAGACGACAAGUUGAUGAUCAGGCUGUUGAACAAUGGCUCAAGAUGCUUGAGAGAGUUGCUGAAGAUGCUGAAAACGUGUUUGACGAAUUUAGAUAUGAAUAUCUCAAAGCACAAGUGAUGAACAACCGAACCAAACUAAUGGAAAAGGUCAGCAACUUCUUUUCUCAUACUGUUUUUAAGUACAAAAUGUCUGAAAAAAUCAACAACAUCAAUGAAGAGUUGAGGGCUAUCAAUCAGUUAGCCAAAGACCUUGGUCUCCAAUCACUGAUGGUUCCUUCUCGGAACAUACUACCGAUUCAAGAAACAGAUUCCGUCGUUGUUGCUUCGGAUGUUGUUGGUAGAGACAAAGAUAUUGCUGAAAUAAAGGAGAAGAUUUUUAACAUGAGAAAGGAAGAUGUUCUGUGCACCAUUCCCAUAGUGGGUAUGGGUGGUUUAGGGAAAACAACUAUGGCUAAGAGAAUUUUCAAUGAUGAACACAUCAAGCAGCAGUUCGAAAAGAGAGUUUGGUUGUGCCUACCUGAAAUGUCAGAAACGAAGAGCUUUCUUGAACAAAUCCUUGAAUCAUUGACAGAGAGGAAAGUUGAGGUUCAAAGGAGAGAUUUAAUAGUUAAGAAGCUACAAGAUGAAUUGGAAGGAAAAAAGUAUUUGCUUGUCCUAGAUGAUAUGUGGCGUGUUGACUCUACAUCGUGGCAUGAGUUCAUGGACACCUUGAGAGGAAUAAAUACAUCCAGAGGAAACUGCAUUCUUGUGACUACUCGUAUGAAGCAGGUGGCAUCCAUAGUAGCAGAAGAUCAUCAUAUGUUGAGAAGAUUAGCAAGAGAUCAUUGUUGGUCCAUUUUCAAACAAAGAGCGUUUGUCAGUGAGGAGGUUCAGAAGGCGGAGGAAAUACUGAGCGUGGAGACCAAGAUUGUUGAAAUGUGUCAAGGUCUACCGUUGGCUGCAAGUGUGUUGGGAGGCCAUUUAUGCAACAAGGAAAAACAUGAAUGGCAUGCCAUUCUUGAUGGAAACCACCUUGUUGCAGGUGAAGAUGAUAAAGGGGAAAAUAGCAUAAAGAAAAUUCUAAAACUCAGCUAUGAUUAUCUACCAUCUCCACAUCUGAAGAAAUGCUUUGCUUACUUUUCUAUGUUUCCAAAAGAUUUUGAGAUUGAGAAGGACCAACUUAUCCAACUCUGGAUGGCAGAAGGGUUUCUUCGUCCAUGUCAAGAGACCCCGUGA